AUGUCACAAGACAAGGUGUCAGCGCGACUUUUAACGACGGCUGUCUUCAUAACCGGUAUACUUGUAUUUCUUGCACUUCCGUUCCUUCCAGGGAGGCCAAAACAACAUGUUGUCAGACCAGUAAAAAUAUCGCUCCACUCGGAGGAGCCGAAUGAGCCGAAUGAGCGUUUCCUCGUCGCAUUUGGCGAUUCCUAUAGCCGCAGCGGCUUCCGGACGAACUAUACGUAUACCAGGACCGGACCCGGAGUGGAUGACAUGCAGAGGACAGAAAGACCAAAAGACGACCGUGUAGACGCCCCCAGCGCGCUGAAUCCAAUCGGCAAUCCAGCGUUGCCGGGAAAUACAUCGUCUGGUGGUUAUAACUGGGCUACGUACAUGACAACUGAAUUCAACAGCACUCUUACUCUGGCAUAUAUCUUUGCCCGAUCAGCUUCAGUGGUGGAUGCGGAGAUCAUACCAUCGAGAAGCAAGUCGUCGUUUUCGUUUGCGCAGCAGAUCGUUCAUUUCCAAGACACCAUCGGCCAUCGUCCUCACUACGCGGCAUGGACUGCCAACAACAUAGUGGCGACAGUCUGGUUCGGUUUCAAUGACUUGUCUGUCGUAUCGCACAAGAGAGGCCAAGCCGCCGUAUUGGCGGCUGCAAACCGGCGUAUCUUUGAGCUAUCUCAGAUCCUCUACGAUACAGGAAUCCGCAAUUUUGUCUUUAUCGAAGUCCCACCCAAGGAAUUGUUCCCUUCACAUCAAGCACACAAGUCCAACGACACGCAUCAUAGCUACGAAAUGGUCUCUUACGCAGUGAAUCGGUGGAAUAGCCUUCUGAGGCAAAAUACUGUUCGAUUCCGGAAGUCCCAUCCAGACGCAAAGGUCACCUACGUAGAGAUAUGGGACAUAUUCUAUGAGGCUUUCCUACGGCCCCAAGAUUUGGGAGCACCGAACUCAACAUGCGUCGAUCCCAGCGGUAAAGGCUCUAUGGGCCAAUACGGGUCAUCCUGGAGAGGAGAUUCAUAA